AUGUUGCUGUGGUCAGUAUGGAGUGUAAUUUUACUACUGACGACAGUGGACGCUGCAGAGGACGAAGAUGUGAGAGCAGGCUGCAGCACGGCUGUCAAUGACCUGGUAUACAUCAUUGAUGGCUCAUGGAGCGUUGGCGUCUCGGACUUUGACACUGCCAAGCAGUGGCUUAUCAACAUCACCAGCCAGUUUGAUAUCAGUUCCCACUACACACAGGUGGCUGUGAUCCAAUACAGUGACACACCUCGGCUGGAGAUUCCUCUUGGGAAACACCAGGGAGUAGCAGAGCUCAUCAAGGCCAUACGGAGCAUCAGCUACCUGGGAGGAAACACACAGACUGGCAGGGCUAUCAAGUUUGCAGUGGACCACGUGUUUGCCUCCUCCCAGCGGGGCAAUCUGGUCAAGAACCGCAUCGCUGUGGUGGUUACAGAUGGCAAAUCACAGGAUGAUGUGGUUGAUGCCAGCAUGGAGGCUCGAGCACAGAGUAUUACUGUAUUUGCUGUGGGAGUUGGCACUGAGAUCACCACUUCCGAGCUGAUCUCCAUUGCCAAUAAACCUUCAUCUACCUAUGUCCUGUAUGCUGAAGAUUACACCACCAUCGAUCGUAUUCGAGACUCCAUGGAGCAGAAGCUUUGUGAAGAGUCUGUUUGUCCCACACGAAUCCCAGUGGCAUCCCGUGAUGAGAAAGGCUUCGAGCUGAUGGUGGGCAUGAACAUUCAGACCAAGGCAAAGAAGAUCCCUGGCUCUUUAGUUUCUGAGACUGCCUAUGGCCUUGCUGCCUCCACAGACAUUACUGAGAAUACCAGGGAGAUUUUCCCAGAAGGCCUUCCUCCAUCGUACGUGUUUGUGUCCACUCUACGUCUGAAAGGGAUCUCUAGCAAGCUGUCCUUUGACCUUUGGAGGGUGCUGUCAAAGGAUAAGGCGAUCCAAGCUGCAGUAACACUGAGCGGAAAAGACAAAACUGUUACCUUCACCACCACCAGUACAACAGAGAAAGAGCAGAAAGCUGUCUUUAAAACAGGCUUUCAGACUCUUUAUGAUGGAAAAUGGCAUCAGAUUAAAGUACUAGUGAGGCAUCGCCAGGUCACCGGUUUCCUUGACGAUCAGCGCAUCCAGGAACUAAUGCUGAAACCGGUGGAGCCAAUUUACAUCAAUGGGGAAACGCAGGUGUCUAAGAGGCGAGGAACAGACAUCACUGUACCUGUGGAGAUUCAGAAGCUGCGUCUCUACUGUGAUCCCCAUCAGAGCGAGAGAGAAACAGCUUGUGAAAUCUACUCCGUCGAUGAUGAAAGGUGCCCUCUGAAUAGAACUGCCACAGUGGAAGAAGAAGACUACGAUUGUGUAGUCGGCCCACCAGGACCCACGGGUUCACCAGGUGAGAAAGGGUCACAUGGGCCACCAGGGCCUGAAGGCAAGCCUGGUAAAGAAGGGAAACCUGGUGAUCCUGGCCCCCAGGGAUUUCCAGGGAUGAAGGGUGAAGCAGGUCCGACAGGAGCAAGGGGAGCACCUGGUCCUAAAGGUACAAAGGGAGACAGAGGCGAGCCAGGCUUAACAGGAGAACCAGGUCUCCCAGGACCUAAGGGUCUCCCUGGUGAGAGAGGAGAGCCAGGACCUCCAGGAGAAGCUGGGCCGAUGGGGGAGCCUGGACCUCCAGGCCGUGUGGGACUGGUUGGCGCGCUGGGACCAAAGGGAGAGAAGGGUGAUACUGGGCCAACUGGUGCUGCUGGAGCUCAAGGUGCCCCGGGGGUGCGGGGACCUCCUGGUGAACCAGGUCUACGGGGACCUCUGGGUGAAAAGGGGUUGCCUGGCCCACAAGGUCCCCCUGGAAUAAAGGGAACACUGGGAGCCCAAGGGCCCCGGGGGCCGCCUGGCGAGAUCGGCCGAGAUGGUCCCAAGGGGAACUGUGGAGAUCCAGGAGUGCUUGGUCCUGUUGGUCCACCAGGCCUGACGGGAUCAAGUGGAGAACCAGGCGUUCCAGGGCUGCCAGGGGCCAUGGGUCUGCCAGGGUUCAAAGGUCAUAAGGGGGAGAGAGGUGAACCUGGGUCUAAAGGAGCACAGGGGGAGCGAGGCAGAGACGGAGAUCUCGGGAGUCCCGGCGUGCCGGGCGAAGUGGGACCCAGGGGAUGGAAAGGAGAGAAAGGAGUGACAGGUGAUACGGGCCCCAGAGGACCCGAUGGAAAGAAGGGUGACAUGGGCCACAUGGGUGUCAUUGGUCCCAGGGGAUUUCCCGGACAGGAUGGGUCACCAGGCCAACCAGGCCAACCAGGCCAACCGGGAUAUCCUGGCAAACCUGGUAAGCCUCCCUCAGACGAACAUCUUGUAAAGCUCUGCACUGAUGUUCUGCGUAACCAGCUGCCAGCAUUGCUACAGAGCCUGACUCCUCACUCUAGGUGUGAACCCUGCCAGGGUGUGAAGGGUCCUCCAGGUGAGCCGGGAGCACCGGGACCCAAAGGCUCCAUGGGAACUCCAGGCUACCCUGGCAGAAAUGGCGCUCCUGGUUACCCAGGACCUCCUGGAAUACAGGGCCCCACAGGCCUCAAAGGUGACAUGGGACCCAGAGGGUUGAAAGGCAGAAAAGGAGAUGGAGACCAGGGACCACCAGGACCACAUGGACAGCAAGGGAUUCAGGGUCCCCGUGGCUUUGAUGGGAUUGGCCAGCCGGGCAACCAGGGAAUCCCAGGCAAACCGGGUCCACCGGGAGAUCCUGGCAAAAGGGGUAGCCCAGGACUUCCAGGGGUUUGUGACAUCUCUAUGUGCUAUCAGACCUACAAUCUCAGGGAACACUACAGCAAAGGACCACACAUCUGA